AUGUCUCUUGAGGCCACACAGGAAACGAGCGAUUUUAGCGGAAAGCUUGUCGAUGUCGAUAUUGAGAAGGAGGUGCGUGACGAUGGAAAGGGAAUCGAGGCAACGGGACGAUCAACAGUAAAAAGGGGAACAUCAGCGAGACAUCAAUAUAUUCCCAUCGAUGAGAGCAUUCACGAGGGCUUGGAGACGGGUCGGAGUCAAAGCAACAGCACCGCCAAAUGUACCCUGAACAUUGCUGGUCCCGCAGCGUUGUCAAUGUGUGUUGGGCGUGCUUCGGCCUCCUACUCAGCUCGACGUGAGCAAUGGCCUCUUGAGUUGCAGCUCCAAUGUUGCUCAGGUCCAAGCAAGAGCAUGCACGGCGUGUUCCGUGAAUUCCAUCAAGAGGCUAGCUCUCCAUGGCUAUCCGGUGUCUUGAAACCCAAAGCUAACAAUGUCAUUUCGGGAGAAACGAACGACGUAAAUGACAGCAAGGAGAAAGAGAACGCAAUGAAGCACUCCAACUUCAAUUUCACCAUGGGGAACUCGUUAUCUGCGACGACUCCGGCGGAGAUCAUGCCCGUUGAGUUUUACAUCAACGAUUUUGUUGAGCAAGACUCUAUAGAAAGGCUAGGAAGCACACGUUUCAUGAAAGUCGCUCGUGGCAGAACGAACGAAAAUGGCUUGCAGGUUUUGAAAGUGUUCGUUUUCCCGGCGGCUGACCCCUCUCAAUUAACGGCGGAUCCAUCCCAAAUUGAGGCUCAUUGUGCUGUGAUUCUGCAAAUACGUGAUGCUUUAAUCAACACGGCAAAUUGUUGCACUGUGAAAAAGAUUUUGAAAAAAGCAAAAUAUGCCGUAAGCUGUCGACCUUAUCAAAAGUACACCCUGUUUGAUCGUUUGAGCACCCGACCGUUUGUUGUCGAAACCGAGAGACUGUGGUACAUGUACCAAUUGUUUAAGGCCUUACUACAAUGCGAAGAGUCAAAAAUUUGUCAUGGUGACAUAAAGAGCGAAAACAUUCUCAUCUCGUCGUCGAAUUGGCUACAAUUGACCGAUUUUGCUUCAUUCAAACCCGCAUUUCUACCAGUGGAUAAUCCUUCAAACUACACUUACUACUUUGACACCUCGAGGAGACAAACGUGCUACAUAGCGCCUGAGCGAUUUUUGGGGUCCGAAGAGUAUAGUCGACAAGAGGGCCGUUUCUUGCAAUAUGAAUGCCUUCGUCACUCAAUGGACAUGUUUUCAACGGGUUGUGUGAUUUAUGAAAUGGUUUGCGAUGGACAAGCACCGUUUUCGUAUGGAGGUUUGUGCAUGUACAGAGCAAUGGGACCAGCGGAAGCGGCACAAUUUCUGGAUACUUUACUUGCUCCAGUUUCAUCACCACUGCGACCACUUUUACGGAUUCUCCUUGCAAGAGAGCCAAAUCUCCGGCCAACUGCUUCAAAAGUUCUUGCUGAGUUCUCGCAUCUUUUCCCGCCUGUCUUCGAGGUGUUCUUGUACAAUUACUUAAAUGUUUUUCGAUCAAAAGAGGUAUCAAACUUGAAUAGUGUUUCAAUUGAGGAUAUUGAUGUGAAUCAUCGAUCGAUUUCUUGUUUUGAACCUGAUGAUAUUAUUGAAAGAAUAUCCAGUGAUAUGAAAACGGUGAUCUGGCCUCAAAUUACAGCGCAAGAAAAUAGUAAACAGGCAUCUGUCUUAUUUAUUGGUCUCAUCACUUCAAAUUUUCGAGCUUUGCGAGCGAUUCCUAUCAAAAUUGAAGCGAUGCGUUUGUUGCUCGAGUUCUCGAAGCUGACCAAUUCUUCGAUCGCUAUUGAUAGAAUACUUCCAUUCCUGGUUCAUGCGGCUUUGAUGGACAACGAAGCAACUGUGCGUGGAAGAGCCAUUCUCUCGAUCACAACAUUGCUUGCCGCAUUUGAACCAACGACACAAGAAGAAGCGGCCGUAUUUAUGGACUACCUUCUGCCAAAAUUUGAUACAAUCGCUCAAGACACAACUCGGCCCGAUUCAGCGGUUCACAUGACACUGGCGACUUGUUUAGGAAAAAUUGCUGAAACGGCGAAUAGAUACAUGAUCACGUCUCGUUCACUUCAGCAGGAGUCUGUUGAUGAUGAAACAUCGGGAGCUGAGGUGAUAAAUGAUGCUAAUCAACAUGAUCGAGAAGCACUGGCGUUGUUUAAAGCAAUUGCCGGCAUUUUUGUGCACCUUUGCUCGCGCGGCAAUGAAAUUAAACAAUGUGUGGUUGACAGGGAGUCUCUUGAGAAGCUACACGUAUUCACCGACUCGAUUAAAGAUUCGGAUUCCGGUUUUCCUUUGCAACAUAUGGUCACGUUCUUCAACAUUAAACAAGAUUGGAGGUUACGAGCCGUGUUCUUUGAUGCACUCCCACACUGUGUUAUUCACAAGAAAAGUGUCGAUAUUCUUCACGCGUUGCUAAAUCAGGGAGUGAUUGAAUAUGAAGAGAUGGUUGUCGUACGAGCCAUUCACUGUAUUGGACUUCUUUCGGACAGAGAUCUACUCGAAAAAGAAAGCGUUCAAAAGCUCUUCUUUGUCUUGACGCCAUUCCUCUCUCAUCCGAAUGAAUGGAUUCGUGGUGCCGUUGUCGACUUUCUGAUUGUACUCGAUUCGAAAUGGACUUUGGCUGAGAUCCAUUGCCGAGUUCUCCAACAUAUCGAUGAGUACUUAACACGGAAGAUGCUUCGUUUGAACAAUAAAACGUCGAUUAUCACUUCUUUGAAAGAGCCGAUUCCGCGAGCCGUUUGGAGUCAAGUGAUGGAUUUGGACGAGAAGAGAGUGGAAGAGUUUUGCAAGAUUCUAAACGACUUAAAAGUUCAACGGCUCAUUGGAAACUUCAAAGUGUCGGAUCCAGUGCUCUCGAGAAUCUUGAAUGGCAAUUCAAUCGAUAAAGAUGAAUCUUUAUUGCGACGUUUGGCCAAUUUUUCUUCAUUAUUUCCAGAAAUGGUUCGCUCAAGAAUAGCUUCAUCUAUGGAAACUCGAGUCACCCAAUACAAUGGGGUCAUCGAUUUGGCUUCGGAUUCAAAUUUACGAGUGGAAAAACACGAGCAUGUACUUGGCGAUAAAAUAGAGCUCUCGACAAGGAGUCAAGUGAUUGUCGAACCACGUCAAAUCGAUCAUUUUUCCGUUAACGAUGCUCCUCGGAUGCGAUCUAUCCGCGAUACAGUUUGUGAUGCGGCUGUCCGCGAACUUCUUGAACACAAAAACGAUCAGUUUCGAAAAACAAUAGGAAGACCGAGACCUGGAUCGACGACAAAACAAUGGCAUAACUCGCCAAAUCAUGGCACUCUCGUUGCCCAUCUACACGAGCACUCGGAAAGAAUCAAUGAGCUAGCUGUACAACCAACUGGUGAUCGAUUUGCUUCGGCUUCUUCGGAUGGCUCCAUUAAGAUUUGGAAUGCAAAACUAUUCAACGGUGAUGCUGCAACGGCGACAAAAUGUGAAGGAAAAUGCUCUUACAGCAAAAAUCAUAAAAUCCUGUCGGCGGGUUGGGCUUGCGAUGGGCAACUUUUAUGUUUCUCUGCAUCAGAUCGGCGGAUAAUUUGGGCGGAUGUUAGCAGUGGGAAUAACAUCAAAAUUUGUGGCAAAGUUGAAUUCGAAAGUGAAGUGGGUGCCGCUGAACAAAUCUAUGUCUCUGGCCAGCUUGCUUUUGCCCGAACGCAUCACGGAUAUUUCUACUUACUUGACUACCGAAUGCCCAAUCAAGGAUCACUGGGAAGACAUGUUGUCUGGCGUCGUCAGUUACCAAACAAUCAUGGAUUGGCUACCUCUUUUACAAUCGACCCUGAACGUGAGAAUUGGAUGGUUGUCUCGACGACAAACUAUGUUCUUUCACUUUGGGACUUGAGAUAUCCAAUCGAAGUAAAAACUUGGCAGACAACUGAAGACAAAGAAGCAAGAUUGCCAUUAAAAGUUUGGGCUCUUCCGAAUCAAAUGCAACACGCACAAGAGGGACCAGAGGUUUUUGUUGGAUACAUGCACCGGGGUCACUUUGAUUCCUAUGAAGUUCAUUCUGGAUUGAGGAAACGGGUGUUUUGGCCAUCUCUCAGCGAACCAUUAAAUUACAAUGCAACAAGGGAAAUAGAUAAUGAUCGAAAUGUCGCCACAACCUCGAUGGCAUUUUGCCCUGAGUCGGGCUUCAUUUAUACCGGCGAUAGCAUUGGAGCACUUCGACGAUGGAGUCUUGACAAUAUAACAGCAUGCGAGUACUUGAGUGGGCCACACCGACCGACUGGCGAGUUUUUGCGACAAAGAAUCGUUUUCGAUAUGUCUAUGCAGGCAAUGGAUGGAGAGGAACGACGAUAUUUUGAGAAAGCGGCUCCGAUUGAUCGGCUGGCAAUCGAUCGAACGAAAUCUCCGUUGGAAACAAAGGUAACAUCGGCGCAUCGAACAGCCAUCACUUCACUAUGCACUUUGCCCGGAAAUCUUUUGGCAUCAGCAAGCCAUGAUGGAAUUGUCAAAAUUUGGAACUUUAUCGUUCGACAACCGGUAGCAUACGAUUCGGUGAUGCUCACCGUGUUUGUGAUGCUAUCGGAUAGUGAUCAAGCGGUCCGAGAAGCCGUCCGAUCAACGUGGGCCAGUCCCGGGGCGUCCAAAUAUUUAAAGCACGGAUUGAUUCAAGUGAUUUUUGUGGUCGGCUCCUCUGAUCAUUCACUCACCGACUCCGAUCACGAUGUUUUACAAGUUUCCGUCAAAGAAGAAUACCGAAAUUUAUUGUAUAAAGAGCUGAUCGCCUACAAAUGGAUUCUCGAUUCUCAAAGGAAUGGCUUUGUGUUAAAGAUCGAUGGCUUGGACACUGUGGUGAAUUUAGAUCGUCUUUUCACGCAAAUCGCCAUCAACACCGAAGAGGACGGGAUUUUUUGUCAGUUGACGCCGCCAAAACGCGUGAAACGGAACCCAGUCGAUAAAUGGUACAUCUCAAGCGAUAACUACAAAGAUGAGACUUUUCCCGAGUACUGUAGCGGUCCUAGCUAUAUGAUCUCGAUGAAAUCACUACGAGAAAUCGUUACGCAAACUCGAUUUCAUCAACCAAUCUUCAUUGAGGACAUUUUCUAUACGGGCAUUUUGGCUCAAUCGGCUGGAGUUUCGAUCCGAAAUUCGGCGAACAUUUUCGCGAUAAAUUGCCCGGAGCAUCGCACGAGAAAUCACUUCCAUCUUCAGUGCAAUCACGAGGGAAAAGUUGAAACUUCAGUCAUUUCAGCGCACUGCUUUCAAAACGAUCUCUCAAGUCUCUGGAGACUUCUCCAACGGGAAACGUGCCAACGAAAGGCUCGGCGUUUACGUUUUCGCUCAUUACCCGAUAAU